AUGAGAGACACAAUACUAUCAGCCGUGAAACAGUGGAAACAACCAACCAUGGUACCUUUGAUCGUAGUCCUGUUGGUAGCCUUGGUCGCUGAUGCUGAUCCUGGAAUUGGCUUAGGUAUCGGAGGCUUAGGCCUAAAUGGUGGAUUAGGAGGUGGAUUCGGCGCCGCUGGUGGACUCUUGAGUGCUGGAAACUAUGCCAAUGGAUUCAGCCACUCAAAUGGAUACAAUCAUGGAAACCACUUCCUCAAAGGCUUUGGAGGAGCUGGUGGGCUGAAACAUGGUCAUCUCAACAAGCAUUUCCUCGGCAAACGAAGUGCUGAUCCAGAGCCUGGAUUACUCGGAAUUGGAGGCUUAGGCCUAAAUGGUGGUUUAGGAGGUGGAUUUGGCGGUGCUGGUGGGCUCUUGAGUGCUGGAAACUAUGCCAACGGUUUCAGCCAUUCCAAUGGAUACAGUCAUGGAAACCACAUUGGAGGAGGAUUCAAGAAACUGGGAGGUCUUGGAGGCGGUCAUCUUAACAAAUACUUCCUCGGGUAGUCAGGUGCCGAUCCAGACCCUGAAUCUUAGUAAGGAUUCCAGGUAGUCACUGGAAGGCUUUUCUCAAUGGUUGCUAAUGGAAGCGAAUGAUGUAGAAAUACCCCUUACACGAGUAGCAUGAGUCCAGACAUUAAUGAUAAUUGUUAAGGAUAGUUUUUUGCUAUAACUUGAAUCUAUGAAAAUACACGUAUAUUUUUGCAACA